AGAGAGAGAGAGAGAGAGAGAGAGAGAGAGAGAGAGAGAGAGAGAGAGAGAGGGCUUGUGACUCUCCCAAUGCAGACCUUACUGCAAGGCACAGAACAGCGCGGCAGAGUGCACACGUGGAAUCGACUCUCAGCUGAUGACCUACAGUCUAUCUAACUAAGGAGCUGGGCUUUGUCUUAAAAUACAUUUUUCUUGUAGGCGACAGACAGCUCAGCUUUCGUGUCCAGUUAAUACUUGACACUCACCCAGAGAGUUUGAUUACCAACUGGAUUGACUGACUGACAGAAGUGUGUGAGAGAGAGAGGAGAAAGCCGGAGGGAUAUACAAGACGCCCUGGAGUAUCUGACCGGUGGAAAGAUGACAUCCAAGUCAUCCAGGCAGGGCAGACCCUCCUCGGCAGGGUCCAAGCAGCCCUCUCAGAGGAAGGAGUGCCCGGCAGGUAAUCGCUCCUGUAUGCUGCGGGUCGGGGAGAGGCUUAUGAGGGCUGGGAGUGAGGGGAACCUACAUGCUGUGAGACCCAAACCCGCCCAGCAGACACCACUGGAGGGGGGACACCAAAAGUCCGGCUCCAUCACAGCCAAAGAGUCAGGAAACAACAACCCAAGACUGUCAUCACCUGAGGAUGUAAAGCGCCUCCACAGACAUCAGAACCUAGAGAACCAGAACCACCACUCUGAGCCACACUCCCCUAGCACUGUCCCCAGGAGGUACACCAUCGGAGGGCAAGGGCACCGCAGCACCAGGGACCCCCUGACCAUGCAGCACGCUGACAUAGAGAGGAAGAAAGAGGUGUUCCUGGAGCACCUGAAGCAGAGGUAUCCGCACCAUGCUGCUGUCAUCAUGGGCCAUCAGGACCACCUCAUGGGCCAUCAGGACCGCCUCAGAGAUGUCAGGAGCCCCCCGCAUUCUGUCAGCCCCCCGCCCGGUGUAGGGGAGCAACUGGAGCACCUCUCCGUGGUCUCUCUGGAGUCUAAGGAGACCAUGUCAGAGGGAGAUGGUCCUGCUGCCUUCACCCGGGGCUGUCGGGCACGGGCCAGCCUGCCGGUGGUCCACUCUGCCAACCAGACCAGGGACAGAUCACUAGGUGUGCUGUACCUGCAGUACGCAGAGGAGACCAAGCAGAUCCGGAUGCCCAAUGAAAUCACCAGUGGAGACACCGUCAGGGCUCUGUUUGUGAGUGCCUUCCCCCAUCAGCUCACCAUAAAGAUGCUGGAGUCUCCCAGUGUGGCCGUCUACAUCAAGGAUGACACAAGAAAUAUAUACUACGAGCUAACUGAUGUCAGAAAUAUCACACCUGGCUGCUGUCUGAAGGUGUACCACAAAGACCCUGCACACGCCUUCAAUCGCAGCAACGCAAGGUCCAACAAUGCCGACGGCGGGAUACCAAGAGAGAUACUGUAUGGAAGUCAUAGCCCUGUCCACACUUUACAAUCCACCCGCAUUCCUGUCCACGCCAUUCAGGGGUCCAUGUCUCCCCCCAUGGCCCGCUCCAUGCCCUCCUCCCCCUCCAGGAUCCCCUAUGGUCGCCAGGCUGGGGGAGGGGUGCCAGGCAGUGCCACCCUCCCCAGGGCCAGCAUGUCCAGCGGGCCACCCAGCAGGUCCGUCACCCCCUGCCCCAGCGCCAUCCUGGAGAGAAGAGAUGUCAAACCUGAUGAGGACCUGAGCAGUAAGAGUAUGGCGCUGGUGCGUGCCGACGGGUUGUAUGUCAACGUCACUGACCCCUACGCUGUCCAGGAGGGCCGGCUGAGUAUCGCCUCCUCACAGGGGGGCAGCCACAUGGGGGACGUGGUCGACAUGGGUGGUGGCCUCCUCCGGGCUUCGGGCAAGUCCACAGCCUCCUAUUCAGAGAACCCAGAGCAGCAGCACUCCCUCUACAGGCAGAAGUGCCGGAGAUAUGGUGAAAACCAGGGACUACCGCCGUUCGGCACCAAAACGCCACCACCUUCCCCUCACAGAGUGAAUGAGGUCAGGAUGAUUGACAACCAUGGCCCUGUGGCCCCGGAGAGAGGGUCUCCUAUUCGCCGGUCCCUGCGAAGGGAGAGUAAUGGUAAUACUGUGGAGGUGGUGAACAGGACCAGGGGUGGUGUGUCCUCUGUGUCCUCUCCUGUGUUCCUGGAGUUCCCCCCAGGGCACCAUGGUGACAAAUUGUUCCAGGGUCCCCUCACCCCCAAUGACCCUCAGACCAGUGAGCGAAUGAAGGCCAUGGAACAACAGAUCGCCAGUCUUGCUGGCCUUGUUCAGCAUGCACUUUUUAUUGGGCCAGCUGAGAGAAAUGGGAGGACUGCUUCUCCUUUCCAUGUAAACAACAGUGCAGGAGUGUCACCAGUUCCUGCAGCCAGAAGCCCUGCCCUACUGGCAGACGCCGCCAGUGCUCUAGUCUCUCAGGCCCAUCCCCCUGACCCCGCCCUGCAGGUCACACUGACCACUGUCAGGAGGAACGUCACUGAUCUGCGACAGCAGCUGCACCAUCUCAGACAGCUACAGAUGCAGAACCAAGACAGUGUGAGGGUGAUGCUGAAGAGAGCGGAGCAGGAGCUGACUGGGGUUAUGUCUGAGACCUUACAGAGACAGCAGCAUGAGACAGAGCCUGCCCAGAGACAGAGGACCACAGUGGAUGAGGAGAGAUACAAGUACCUGGCCAUGGAGGAGAGAGUACUAGCCCAGCUCAGGGAGCUGGAGGAGUACGUAGACUGUCUGAGAAGAGACGUGUCCUCUUGCCCAGGUCAGCUGUCAGUCACCCUCAGGGAUGUGGAGGAGGGAGCUGUCAACCUCAGGAGGGUGGGAGAGGUCUUGGCUGGGCUUAAAGGUGAGUUUCCUAGCCUCCAGGGGAAGAUGCAGACAGUUCUGCGUGGGGAGGUAGAGGCAGUGCACUUUCUGAAGGAGGAGCCUCACAAGAUGGACAGCAUGCUUAAGAGGGUCAAAGCCUUGACAGAAGCUCUCAGCGGUCUCAGAAGAUGUGUCACAGAGAAUCAUCCUCACGAUCCCGAGCCUGGAGCAGCCAAAGUUCAUAGAGGGGCUGUAGAGCCUGCCAUUGCCCAGUCCGAUCCCCCACUGAGGAAUCGCCCCACCGUGGAGUCCCCCAAUCCCCAGCCCAGGUCCUCUGUCAGACCGCCCCUACCCCAGCUCCAGGGCCAGAACCCCGCAGUCAGGCCAGACAUGGCCCCCACGUCUCCUGUCGUCAUCCACCGUGUGAAGAGCUCUCCCGUCGAUAUGCAACCGUGUCAGCACUCAGUGGCCCUGCCGCACCACCACCACCCCAGCCCCCCGCUGACCCCCACCCAUGGCCGAGACUCCCCCACCGUGGCCAAGGUCAGUCCCCGCAGUCGGGAGAACAGCCCAGCCCUGCAGAAGAGAAUGAUCACCUGGUGCGGAGAUGGACCGGCCCCCACGGCUAGCAGCACUGAGACCACCACACAACCACCUGGCUCAGCGGAGAACCAAACCAACAGGGGCAGCAUCAAAAACAAAGUCAUGGACAUUGAGGCUGCAGAGAGAGAGGGGGACCUGGAUGAGGGGAGGCCACCACAGAGAUCAGCCACCUCUGCUGGGAGUCAGUUUGAGCAGAUUCUCCAGGAGGCCCAGGCCAGCCUAAUGAUGGCCAUCCCUGACUUAGAGUUGUCCGAGACGGGGAGGAGUGAGUCUCAGUCUCCCAAUCCACACCUAGCUCCAGACCAGCCAUCUCUCCCCCAGACCCUCCCAGACUCAAAGAUGCCCCUCAACACUCCACUGCUAGACGAGAUGGAUGUUCCUGAACCUACUGAGGCAUCUCUUCCAGAACCCACUCAGCCAGCUAAUGUGGCUUCUGAGAUGACUGUUCAGGGCAGCCCUGAGCGACCACACAGGCCUAUGGUUGAGAAGCCUCGCAGGCCCAGUGUGGAAAGAGAGAUGAGAAACAGCCCAGAGAAAGCAGGGAAGUCCCCUCCACCGCCCCCACCACGGAGGUUCUUCACCUCACCAUCAAGCCCAGGGCUGACCACAGGGAGGUCUGGAGAAGUCCUCUUUACUACCAGGAACGAAGCUGCCACCACACGGGACGAUGAAGAGGAGGUGUUCCUUCAACCCAGUCCCAAACCCACCAGACAGCCCCCAGAGGUCAAGCCCAAGCCCCAAACCACAUCUGUUAUCACAGCCUCAGCUGAGCCAGAGGAAGAGGAGGAUGAAGAAGAGGAUGAGGAGGAGGAUACAUUCAUGAAGGAACUACAGGUGUUUCAGAAGUGCACUCUUAGAGAUGUAGGCACAAAGUGCGUUGUAGACUUCACAAGCACUGCAUCACAAGUCAGACAGAUAGAACCAGAGCUCUCCCUUUCACCCAAAGUCCCUAAGGAGAGUCAGGAGAACCAGGGUAAAGACAAAUGUGUGCUCAACACCGAUGAAAACAGAUUUGACACUGUACCAAAGAGUCCCAGGGUCAUGUAUUAUGUUAUGGGACAGAUAUCCAAUGAAAAGCCUCCAUCGGGAAGAACAGACCAAUUGGAAGGGAGAGAGGGAACAGUGUCCCCCUCACAGGUGGCAAACACAAAUAUGCUUGACUCCCAGCAGCUAGAGUUACUAACAGCAGAUGAGUCACCUCUAGUGGUUGAGUGCGAAGAUUGUCCUCCUGAAACACAAAAGAUAGCAGUUGGAGAAGAUAGUGAGAAGGCGAGCCUCGUAGAUGAGAAUGACCUGAAGGAUCCUGUUGAGAGUCAGAAAGAGGAGGUGGCUGAACCUGUGUGUUCUACAAUACCUGCAGAGAAGAAGGACUUACCUGCACCAACCGAAUUCAGCAUUCAUCCUGCUAACAGUAUACCAUCAUCUCCACCAGUACCAGUAAAUCAGUCUAUGACUAUUAUAGCUCAGGAGGGUUCAGGUAGUCCAGUGUCUCCUCCACCAGUAGAGAGUGUGAACCUGGAUGACAGCCAGAGCCAGCAGGUAGUAUUUAGGUCAUCCAGAGGCAGAGCACCACGGUAUGUAGAGGAGAGCAGCAGCCUGAGCCCUGACCUCCCCGACGAGGAGGGCUCUCCUCCCCCUGAGAACAUCUCCUUCAUGAUGAUUACCAGCAACAGAGUGCAGGCUCUGUCCACCAGGCAGUACCAGGAGAUAGUAAGUAGGACCAACGGGUCCGAGGUUCAGACCGUCAAGGUGGGGAACGACACCACCACCAGCGUUAGCCAGGAGGAGCACUGUGGCUUCGAUAGGAAGCCUGUGAUCAUCAUAUUCGACGAGCCCAUGGACAUCCGGUCGGCCUACAAGCGUAUGUCCACCAUCUUUGAGUGUGAGGAGGAGCUGGAUGUGAUGCUGCACCAGAAGAGCAUCGAAGAGGAGAACGAGGAAGCAGAGAAGAAUGUACCUCAGGUAAAGCCUAACACUGAUCUCCAACAGGCAAACAAGACAGCAGUGACAGAAAACACUGCAAACGGUCACAGUAAUACUCCUGCUGUGGUUGCGCAACAGACAAGUACAUCAGAGUGCUCAUCGCCAGAACAGUCUAAAACAGAGUCCUCAAAUGGCAGCAAACCAGAGUCCAAAAAUAAGUUCAAAUUCAAGUUCCCAACAAAAAAGCUGGCGGCCAUCAGCCAAGCGAUUCGCACUGGGACCAAAACAGGCAAGAAGACGCUCCAGGUGGUGGUCUAUGAGGACGGGGAGGACGGACACAUGAAGGAGACCAAGAGGUUUGAGAUCAACAGCAGCAAACCCCAAACUGACUCCAGUCACCUCACCACUGUGAAUAACGUAAUGUCAUCAAGCACUCUCACCUGGUCAAACUCUAAACACAGAACAGAGGCGAUCUGUAAGAACACCUACGAGUCCAGAAACAGUUUAGAUGAGACCAUUAUAAAGCGGGAGAUCAUCGUGGAUAAUAUAAGCCCCUCUGCGCUUAAGAUAGACUCCUGUGAAGAGUCUCCAUCCACUAUGAAACUCAAACAAGAGAGGGAGGGCAGUCCCUCCAAGAGGUCUGCCCCUCCUCAGGUCUCUAAGUCCCUUAAUCCUCAGAGUAAGAAGUCCAAACCACAACUUCCACAGCUUCCCAGACCGUCCAUCACGAGCAGCUCCAAGAAACAGAAUACCAGUGGCUCUCCUUCUUCAAGUCAGAUGUCACGUUCUGCAUCUGCUAAGUCCUGGCAGCAACCAGCCGGGUCAGCUGACAAACCAGGGGGAAAAGCUCAGAAGCUCCAGGGCAAUCAGAAGCAGUUUCGACAGACCUUUUGACUUACCAUAUGUACCCUCUUCACCUCUAUAUGCUCCAUGAGCAUGCUCAGCAUGUAACUUUCAGUCCCUUGGAGAUGGAG